UAUUGUGAUUAUUGUAAUUUAAUUUAGUAUUAACACAAAAUUUCAUGUAACUUGGCCCGGGUCCAUCUUAUUGCAUUUUUAAUCUUAUUAAUUUUUGGUCUAAUUUUAUAUAACCUAAAAGAGUAAUUGACACUUGUGAAACCAUGACUUCCGACAAAACUGAUAAAAAUGCAAGCUCCACAUCUAGCAACAAUCCUUUGGAGCAGUUUGUGCUGUUGGCAAAAAGUGCAAAAGGGGCUGCUGCAAUGGAGCUUAUCAGGCAGGUUUUGGCAGCACCAGGAGUCUUUGUUUUUGGGGAAUUGUUGGACAUGCCGAAUAUUAAAGAGCUUGAAAAUGGGCCCAACAUUAACUACUAUCGUACACUGAACCUUUUUGCUUAUGGAACUUACCGGCAGUAUGUGGAAAACAAGGAUCAACUUUUAGAUCUUAAUGUAGCAGAGAAAAAGAAAUUGCAGCAUCUUACAAUUGUCACCCUUGCUACAAGAAUGAAGUGCAUUCCUUAUUCUGUGCUACUUCAAGAAUUAGACAUGAGGAAUGUUAGAGACCUUGAAGAUCUGAUCAUUGAAGCUAUUUACGCAGAUGUUAUCCAUGGUAAGCUAGACCAGAAGAAUAAACAGUUAGAGGUAGACUAUGCGCUGGGCCGCGACACGCAGGCUAACACACUGGGCUGCGUAGUGGCUACACUGCAGGAGUGGUGUGACUCGUGCGAGGCUGUGCUGCGGUGUGUCGAAACACAGAUAAACAGAGCCAAUACUGACAAGAAUCGAGCACUUAAGCAUAAAGAAGUGAUUGAAACUGAGGUUGUGAACAUCAAGAAGACUCUGAAGGCCCAAACUCAAGACUCAGAUGAGCCGAUGAACACUUGCCGACUGGACUUGGACUCCAGAGAAGCCGCAGCGUCAGGCAGUGACAAAAUGAAGAAGGGCAUCAAAGCCAAAGGCCUCCGUGGCAGCGGAAAGUUCUGGCAGUCAAAAUAGAUGUGAUUUUCUUUCCCCUAAUUAUUGUGUGAUUGUAAAUACUAUAUAUAUUUUUUCCUUUUUUUAAGUUAAUAAAUAUUGAUAAACACAA